UAACUAGGAGAUCACCACUCGGCACCCGACCACACCCCACCACGACAUACUAGUGGCCUACCAAGUUAAUGGCAUUUUUCGUAAUAUUCGUAAAUACAAGGGCAUUUACGUUACCCCAAACUCUAUAAAGAUAUACAAACACAAAUCUCCAAAACUCCACAAAAAUCUCCAAAGACAUUAUUUUAACAGAAGGGAUCACAAAGUUAGGGAAAAAAAAUAAAUAUAAAGAUGGGGAAUUGUAUAGUAGUGGAGAAGAAAGUGAUAAAGAUUAUGAGAAAUGAUGGAGAAGUAGUUGAAUACAGAGGUCCCAUGCAUGUUCAUGACAUCCUCACCCAAUUCUCUGGUCACUACUCUCUCUUUGAUUCCCUGUCCAACAGUUAUCAUCUUCAUCCGCAAGCCAAGCUUCUGUGUGGUCGUCUCUACUAUCUCAUGCCAAAGAAGACGACCACUAUCAAGAAUAAGAAGACGAAGAAGGAAGUCAGGUUUGCAAAUCCAGAGGUAGAAAAAGAAGAAGGAGACAUAUUAACAUAUUAUGGUGACAACACUAAGGAGAAGAGUCCUAGUGUGGUGAGAGUGAAGAUGGUUGUGAGUAAGCAAGAGCUCGAGAAGCUGCUUCAAGGAGGUCCAGUUCAUGAAAUGGUCUAUAGAAGUCUUGCUAAGCAACAUAUGUGCCAUGAUGAUGAUGAUGAUGCUGAGUGUCUUAGAGGCUGGAGACCUUUGUUAGAUAGUAUUCCUGAAUCUGAUUAGCCUAUAUAGCUGUCCAUAUCUUCCAUAAUAUAUAUAUGACACAUACAUAGAUAUACAUACAUAACAGAGACUCAAAGCUUGUUCAAGAGAGGAAAGAAAGCAUGUAAUACAUAAAAGAAAGAAGUUACAAAAAAAUACAUAAAAGAAAGCCUUCUUUCUUAGAAAGUAUCAAAAAGUUUGUAUUAAAACCGAAAAUGUGAAUAUUUGCUAUGUUGAAUGUU